AUGAAACUUAGGACGGGAAAUAGUGACGAACUAUUGGCCUCCAUUCUUGGAUUAGAGUAUCAUCAAUUAGUCUCUGAGUAUGUGACUUCAGUUAAAACAGCCUUUGAAAAAAAAGUUCUUCCAUCAUAUUUCGGAAUAUAUUCAACCACCAGAGAAAUAAUACAGUCUCGAACUAGUGAGGUAGCAAAAAAAAUACUUGAUGCUAGUAAUGAGCAGCUUAUUAUUAUAUGUGAUGGCACGUACAUUAGACAUCAGAAAAGUUCUAAUAAUAUAUAUCAGAAAAAAUCUUAUUCCGGACAAAAAAAAACUCCUCUGUGUAAACCCUUUACAAUAUGCACAACUGAUGGGUAUGUGAUAGAUAUGGUUGGACCAUUCAACGCUAACUUGAACGAUGCAUCGAUAAUGAAAAAAAUAAUGUCUGAUAAAAACGGUUUAUCCAAGCUAUUGAAACCCGGUGAUAUAGUAGUAGUUGACCGCGGUUUCCGAGAUAUAGUAAAUGAUUUGGAGGGUAAGGGACUGAACGUGUUAAUGCCUGCCUUAAAAGGAAACAGAGCACAGCUUGACACUACUGAAGCUAACAAAUCGCGGGUUGUAACUAAAGUAAGAUGGGUAGUGGAAUCUGUUCACGGGAUAAUAAAACAAAAAUAUCGUUUACUCGAUCAUAAAGUCGACAAUAAAAUAUUACCAAAUAUCGGCUCAUUAUGUAGAAUUGCUUGUUUUUUAAAUAAUAAAUACGGAAGGAGAUUGCUUAGUGACACAAAUAACACUGAUGCAAUAAUAACACAUUUAAAAACUAAAUCUGACAUGACAGUUAAUAACAUGGCACAGUUAGUUGAGGAAAAUGGAUGGAUAAGAAAGAAAACUAUCUUUAAAAACAUAUCAAGCAAUGACCUAUUGGACUUUCCAGAGCUGACACAGGAUGAUUUGCAUAUAUUCUUCGGAGGUUCAUAUCAAUUAAAACAAUCAAUAUGCUACUUAGCGGAACUACAGAAUCCGGACGGGUCAAUUAACAUAGAGUAUUUAAAGGAAAAUGAAAUUCUAAGAAUUCAUAUCAAAUCGCGACAUAUAAAUAAAAAGACUUAUCAUAUUUUCAUUCGUUACAUUCCCAAUCAAAACAAUUACGCAAGCAUCACCGACCAUUACUGCACUUGCCCGAAUGGAAACCGAACUGCAGGCUGUUGCUCACAUAUUGCUGCAGUGAUUUACUAUGCUAGAUAUAUAUCUAGAAUUAUAAAGCCAGCAGAAAUUCUCACAAAUAUAUUUGAUUGUUUUGUAGAUAAUCUGACUGUAAUAAAUGAAAACAGCGAUGAAGACUAA